AUGGUGGAAGGCUCAGGCCCCCCACCCCCUGGACUCCGGAUCUUCCAACCCACGCAGGAGCUUCCCGGCAUCUUGGCUCUUGGCCUUGUGCUCGGGGUCCUCCUGGGCUUGUGCCUAGGGGACCUGGGAGUCUUCGUGUGGGAGGGACUGACAAGGCAGGGUUCAGGGGGCGGGCGGACAGAUCUGCGGGGACAGUGUCCCCGGGCUGGCCAGCCACACAGGGCCUUGCAGGGCCACACAGAGCCGGCCGGGGCCCCUCAGACUGUGUCCUCGGCUCUCCACAGGCUGAACCUCCGGGAGCUGGGCCCCUGGGCCGCCCACAUGCGCUGGCUGGUCUGGGUCAUGGCCUCCGUGGGCACUGUCUUCUUCUUCCAUGAGCGGUACAAGCUCCUGGAGCUGCUGUGCUCCGUGGUCACGGGCUUCUUCCCCGCCGUGGUCAUCCUUUCGAUGCCCAACACCGAGGGCCUCUGGGAGCUGGUGGCCGGAGGGGCUUUCUACUCUGGCACCGUGUUCUUCAAGAGCGACGGCCGGGUCCCCUCCGCCCACGCCACCGGGCACCUCUCUGUGGCCCUCGGUGCCGGCACCCGCUACUGCGCCAUCUGGAGGUGCCCCUACCUGCCCAGCACCCUGCCGGCCGAGGUGUCCAAGUGAGGCCCCCGACGGCGUCAUGGGAGUGUUCUUGCGACCUCAGCCCAGAGCGGGCGCCCCGGCCGCUGCCCUCCGCGGGCAGAGCUGCCCUCCCGCGGAUGGUCCGAGGU